AUGCUAAAUGAGAGCUCUCAGGCUUGGAUGAGCACUUCUGUUGGCUUCAGAACUCCUAAUGCUACCAAUAUUGCCACUUUUCCAUUUGUGGUCCUUUACCUAAUUAUGUCCACAGACUGUUCUGAUAGACUCUCCAAAGGCAAAUCAAAAACCUCCUCCAGUGACAACUUGCGUCCUUUGGAUCUUCUCUCUGAAGUGGUUCCCCUGAAUUGGGUGAAAAGUGGAAUACGAAUGAUCCAAAUCCAAGGAGCACGUGGCUUUCAGCUUUCUGCAACAAACCCUCGCUUCCUCAGUUUUCCAGCAUCACGGAUUUUCAUUUACUGUGACUUAUUCCCAGAGGAAUUCUCCAUUGUGUUUACUAUAAAAACUUCCCACAUGCAAUUCAGGAGAAAUGAAUACAUCUUUGCAGUUUUGGAUGAAAAUAGUGACACACUGCAACUUGGACUCCGAUAUUCACAGAGUAAACUGCACUUUCUCUUCUGGAGCAGAGACCUUUUGAAUGGUUGGCAGACACAAAUUACUUUUCGGGAUGUCUUUUUGGCGGACAACCAGUGGCAUACGCUUGUAUUGGCAGUUUCUCAAGGCUCCUUCUCUCUCACUGUGGACUGCAGCAUCCCCAUAGAUGUGAUUGCAGAUACUGCUUUUCCAACAUUCUUGACUAUGAGAGGAACUCGAUUUUAUAUAGGAAACAGAAGGAGAAGAAAAGGUUUCUUUACUGGCUUGAUAAGGCAGCUAGUUCUGUUGCCAGGAUCGGAUGCCACUUCAAGGAUGUGCACUGGCAUGAAUUUUAAUCUAGCAGUGCUGUCCAUUCCCCAAAUUCUGCAGGAUCUGCCUGUGAAGCCUACGGGCAAUGAGCUGCUGAAAUACCCUUACGAAGCAGACAUGAAGCUGACUUUGGGUUCCCGCCCUCCUUGCACCAAGACUGAAAGUGGCCAAUUCUGGUUAAACAUCAUUCAGAAAGGACUGCAUAUUUGUACUGGGAAUGAAUGGAUUUCCAUGCUAGAAGUUGAAGAAAGAUUGGACUAUUUGGAAGAAUACCAGAGAUUAGCUACAAAUUCCGAAACUUUGGGCAUUGAGAUAUUUGUCAUCCCUAAGGUGGGUCUUUUUGUAGCUACUGCUAAUCGCUUCACUCCUCCUGGAUCAGCCAUUUACAAAUGGAUUGAUGAAAAAUUUGUGCCUUACCAAAAUAUCCCCACCUACCAAGCUCAGUCCUGGGAAUUCUUCAGUGUGGGAAAAAAGCUUUUCCUUGUAGUGGCUAAUCUUGAUCAGAAUCCAAGGGGUCAUGAGUUUUCUGUAAUUUAUAAAUGGAACUACAGAAAAGAGAAAUUUACUGUGUUCCAGAGGAUUGUCACUCACAGUGCUAGGGAUUGGGAGGCAUUUGUCAUUGAUGGCGAGACCUUUCUUGCAGUGGCUAAUCACAGAAAAGGAGAUAACCACAAUAUCAAUAGUGUCAUAUAUAGGUGGAACUCUAGAAAAGGGCUUUUUGAAGCCAAUCAGACUAUUCCUACCUCAGGUGCCUAUGACUGGGAAUUUUUCACUAUUGGCCCUUAUUCCUUUCUGGUAGUAGCCAAUACAUUCAAUGGAACAUCAACCAAGAUCUACUCUAACAUCUACAUUUGGCUCAAUGGAGGUUUCCAGCUUUUCCAGUCAAUCUCGACUUUUGGUGCUGCUGACUGGGAGGUUUUUUACAUCGGAAGCAGAGUCUUUCUUGCUGUGGCAAACAGUCAUGGUUACGACAGUAGCACUGUACCACCGAUCAACACGUUUGCCAUUAAUUCUUCCAUCUAUGAGCUUAAUAUCACAGCACAGCUGUUUGUCAAGUUUCAGGACAUCCCUACAUACAGUGCUUUAGACUGGGAAUUCUUUUCAGUGGGAGAAGACAGCUUUCUGGUUGUUGCAAAUUCCUAUGAUGGUGUGACCUUCUCUGUAAACAGUAUUAUUUACAGAUGGCAAGGAUAUGAAGGUUUCGUAGCAGUUCACCAUCUUCCAACAUUUGGCUGUAGGGAUUGGGAAGCCUUCAACACUACAGCUGGUUCUUACCUCAUGUAUUCAAGUGCGAAAGAACCCCUCUCCAAGGUGCUGAAGCUGAAAAUUUUUUGACCUGAAUGGAGAUUCUUGAGUUUCCUGCCAUAAGCAGAGAGCAUGGACUUGGGAGGAAUUGUUUUAGUUAUUCAAAGCUAUAAUGAAAUUUGUUAUACUUCAAUUAAUACAGCCAAUAUAAGAAAGAGAGAUUAUUCUGGAGCUACUCAGCUAGUUGAGUAGGAGGCUGUUGGAAAUUAGAUUUUAACAGAUCCUUUCUGCUAUUAAGCUAAAUUGCAUGACUGUACAUUUGAGCUGGCCAAAGAUAUUUGUGAAUUCAGAAACUUUGGUUCACUUAAUCUACCCUGUCCCAAGUAUAUUUAUGAACAUCAUCCCUAUCCUAAAAAGCUGCCAAUAUAAUUCAUGCCAUUAGGCAUACCUGAGCAUGCAUUGCUUCUGAAGUAGGACAGUAGAACAGAAAAGGCAUCUAUUUGUCAUCUAUCUCCUACUGAAAAUGUUUGGGUAUAUGAAUUUUUGCUGACCUCUUCCAAGUCUGAAUAUCAACUACUGUGACAUUAUGGGAAGAGCAUAGGAAUGCAACAUAUUUAUACUGUAUAUGUCAGUCUAUUCCAGCAACACACUCGUUGUCAUGAGAAGAAUUCUGAUGUAGAUCCUAGGAGAAAUUGCUAGAAGUUUCUUAAAAUAUGAAAAUCUGUAAUAUAUCAGAUUCAUGGGAUCACAAAGGCCCAAUUGCUUUUGAGAUAUUUUUUUUAAGCAAUUUCCAGUUUUGAAUCUCAGGGUUUCAAGGAAAAAAAAUUCUGAGCCUUACUGAGAAAAUUCAAAAUUCAGUUACUCCUUUACUGUAUUACUGGAUGCCCUAGAUUGCAUGACAUAUAUUCCUUAUUGUAGAAGGGCUGUGUCUUUACAAAAAGUCUUGGAUUUAUUAUGAGUCUUUCAGGUUUGUAUUCUCCAGUUUUGUAGCAGAGUUUAAAGGAAAUAAAAGCCAAUAUUGUUUAAAAGUUUCUAUUUUAAGCUUUAGGAAAUAAUGCUUCUGAACUUUUUCACCUGGGGACAUCAGGAAAGCCCAGAACUUUUAUAUAGAUUGAUGAUAUCUCUGCAAUAAACUCCAUUCCUAGUUGAUUGACAUUUUCUUAGUUUAUUUUCCCAUGUUAGUUUGUGAAUAGUAAAGCUUCUAUUUGCUGCUCAAAAUGUAUUCAUUCACAAAAUAUUAUAUGUAAAUUGAUGACAGUCACAUUUGUUAUAUGGAGGUGGAAUUAUUUAUUACUGGGAUAAAAUUUACAGUAUUGAAAGCAGUUCCUAAUAAAAUAGAGUGAUUUGCACCAUCUCAGA